UUCUGGUAUAUAACCCUUUUCACAGGUCGAGAAACGCACACUCCACCUUGCGAUUCUGAACUCGAAACAGCUGCCAGUAUGAAGGUUAUGCUCCUCGUCCUCCUUGGCCUGGCCGCCCUCGCCGCCGCCCGCCCCGACGAGAUCCUCGACUUCGAGGGCGACGACGCCGAGCACGACCAGGAGGGCGAGCCAGGCAAGGCCGUCACCGGAGAGUACAAGUGGGAGAGCCCCGAGGGCAUCGAGUUCGUGGUGAAGUACAUCGCCGACGACAAGGGCUUCCGCGUCCUCGAGUCCAACGCCGUGCCCUCCACCGGCGGCGUCCGCGCUGACGGCGAGCAGGCCGACCUCGACGGAGACUCCGAAGAAGACGAAGACGACAAGUAGAAAGGGAGAGGAAGGGCGACGCCAGCUGAAUGCACUGCGAACUUUGGUGCAAUUUGCAUUAGUAUGACGACGUGUAUAUCAAAUAUGGAUUCGUAAUUUAUGUUGUAAUAUGUCUUGGCAUGUCUUGUAAAUAUAUUUUCUUGCUAACUCGA